GGUGGGACGCGAACCCGGGCGGGGCGCGCCGCGGGAGAGCGGAGGGCUGUGGCCUGGGCUGGGGGCGGGGACCGGGCGGGGCAGGGGGGCGGGGGAGGAGGGCGGCGGGAGUCUGAGCCGGAAUCGCAGCGUGAGCCGGUGGAGCCGCGGCGGGAGCCCGCCGGGCCGAGCUGAGUACGGCGGCGGGCUCGGCGGGGGCCAUGGAGCUGCUGAAGCUGAACCGGAGCGUGCAGGGCACCGGACCAGGGCCGGGGGCUUCCCUGUGCCGCCCAGGGGCGCCUCUCCUCAACAGCAGCAGUGCGGGAAACCUCAGCUGCGAGCCCCCUCGCAUUCGCGGAGCCGGGACAAGAGAAUUGGAGCUGGCCAUUAGAAUUACUCUUUAUGCAGUGAUCUUCCUGAUGAGUGUUGGAGGAAAUGUGCUCAUCAUCAUGGUCCUGGGACUGAGCCGACGCCUGAGAACGGUCACCAAUGCCUUCCUCCUCUCACUGGCAGUCAGCGACCUCCUGCUGGCUGUGGCUUGCAUGCCCUUCACCCUCCUGCCCAAUCUCAUGGGCACAUUCGUCUUUGGCACAUUCAUCUGCAAGGCGGUUUCCUACCUCAUGGGGGUGUCUGUGAGUGUGUCCACGCUAAGCCUCGUGGCCAUCGCGCUGGAGCGGUACAGCGCCAUCUGCCGACCACUGCAGGCGCGAGUGUGGCAGACGCGCUCCCAUGCGGCUCGGGUGAUCAUCGCCACGUGGCUGCUGUCCGGACUGCUCAUGGUGCCCUACCCAGUGUACACUAUCGUGCAACCAGUGGGGCCUCGUGUGCUGCAGUGCGUGCAUCGCUGGCCCAGUGCACGGGUGCGCCAGACCUGGUCCGUACUGCUGCUCCUGCUCUUAUUCUUCAUCCCGGGUGUAGUGAUGGCGGUGGCCUAUGGGCUUAUCUCCCGAGAGCUCUACUUAGGGCUUCGCUUUGACGGCGACAGUGACAGCGAGAGCCAAAGCAGGGUCCGAAGCCGAGGCGGGCUGCCGGGUAGGGCUGGACCAGGUGCUGUUCACCAGAACGGGCGUUGCCGGCCUGAGACUGGCGCGGGUGGCGAAGACAGCGAUGGCUGCUACGUGCAGCUUCCACGUUCUCGGCCUGCUCUGGAGCUCUCGGCGCUGGUGGCGCCCACUCCUGGGCCGGGACACGGCUCCCGGCCCAUCCAGGCCAAGCUUCUGGCUAAGAAGCGCGUGGUGCGAAUGUUGCUGGUGAUCGUCGUGCUUUUUUUUCUGUGUUGGUUGCCAGUUUAUAGCGCCAACACGUGGCGCGCCUUUGAUGGCCCAGGUGCACACCGAGCCCUGUCAGGUGCUCCCAUCUCCUUCAUUCACUUGCUGAGCUAUGCCUCGGCCUGUGUCAACCCCCUGGUCUACUGCUUCAUGCACCGUCGCUUUCGCCAGGCCUGCCUGGAAACCUGUGCUCGCUUCUGCCCCCGGCCUCCACGGGCUCGCCCCAGGCCUCUUCCCGAUGAUGACCCUCCCACUCCCUCCAUUGCUUCGCUGUCCAGGCUGAGCUACACCACCAUCAGCACACUGGGGCCUGGCUGAGGAGUGGGGGGGCUGUGGGGGCUGAGGCAGGGAAAAUGACACUCACUGUCCCUUUCCAGACACUCAAAACACAAACCGCAACUGACACAGGAGACCGACACCCAAUAGCAUGGCCUAACCACAAGCACAGGAAAAGGCAGCUUACCUGACACAAGAGAAACAAGAAUGGAGCCCUACUCAGAAAAGGAGGCACGUCUCUGAUAUGGGACUGAGCCUGCCCCAUAGAAACAUGGCACUCGCCUUAGACAGACACAGCGUCCCUAGCGGUAAACUGUUUCUACACAGUGGGAACUCUGGCAAGGGCUGACCUGCCUCUCACACACAUAGAUUAAUGGCACUGAUCGUUUUAGGGAGUGUGGAGCCUGGCACAGGACUGACUUUGGGAUGCUCCCAGUUUGACCUCACAAUCCCCUUUCUCUAUCAGCACCGAAAGAACCAUCAGGCCUAAUCUCAUACCUCUGACCAACAGGCUGUUCUGCACUGAAAAGGCUCUUCGCCCCUUUCCAGUUAAGGAUGGUAGCCCUGCCCUCUCCUUCCUUACCCAGACUCUUCAAGAAAUAAUAAAUUAUUUGACUGCCU